GCUACUUCUCGGGCGUCAACGUCCCCGUCUUGGCUGGAGUUGGGGUCGCGCGUCCAGUCUGUGGCUGUUGCCUGUGGAGUCUUUGGGUCUAUCCAGCUCCCCUUUGGAUUAUACGAUCGUUUGACCAAAAACAUUACAUUUUAGACCCUGUUUCCCUGUGCACCUAUGGCGGAGGCUGUGCGACCCGAGGACUAUUGCGACGAGGUGCUGGAGGACGAGUUUGGAGUAAUCAUCAAGUGUCGAUCUGAUGAAAGAGAAGAUGUGCAGAAGAAGACUUUCACAAAAUGGGUCAACUCACAGCUCUCUAAGACAGGGAAACCACCUGUGGAGGAUCUCUUCUCAGACCUGUGCGAUGGACGACGCUUGUUGGAGCUCUUGCAGGGUCUAGUUGGAAAUGAGCUGGUGAGGUUGGAAAAGGGCACCUCACGGGUUCACUCGCUCAACAAUGUCAACCGAGCUCUCCAGAUCUUGCAGAAGAACAAUGUUGAGUUGGUGAACAUUGGCGCAACGGACAUCGUUGAUGGCAAUCACAAACUCAUUCUUGGCCUCAUCUGGAGCAUCAUUCUCCACUGGCAGGUAAAGGAUGUGAUGAAGGAGGUGAUGGCUGGCCUACAGCAGACCAACAGUGAGAAGAUUCUCCUGAGCUGGGUUCGUCAGAACACAAGCCAGUACCCUCAGGUCAAUGUGGUCAACUUCUCCAGCAGCUGGAAUGAUGGGCUGGCGUUCAAUGCCCUCCUGCACAGCCACAGACCAGAACUGUUUGAUUGGAGCUCUGUGGAGGCCAAGGAGUCGGCGAUUGACCGACUGGAACAUGCUUUUAGUAAGGCAGAGCAACAUCUGGGCAUCGACAGACUGUUGGAUCCAGAAGAUGUGGCAGUGCCUCAUCCCGACAAGAAGAGCGUCAUCAUGUACGUGACGUCGCUCUUCCAGGUGCUUCCGCAGAGCGUUACCAUGGAGGCUAUCCAGGAAGUGGAGACGCUGCCGCGGCCCGCUAGUUCUGCCAGCAGUUCCCAUGUAGUGACUGGGGAUCACUACCAGAUCCAGACCCAACAGCGCUUCUCCCAACAGAUCACAGUGAGUGUGGCUCAGGGCCGAGUGAGAAGUCCCUCCCCUCAGGCUCGCUAUAAAAGCUAUGCCUACACCCAGGCGGCCUAUGUCAAGUCUCCUGAGCAAAAGAGGAGGCGCUUUACUGAUCAGUUUCUGACUCCCAGCCAAGAGGAGCUGCAGCGAGGCCUCAGUCCUUUGCCUCCCGGCUCCACCACUCUGGAAUCAUACCAGGCGGCCCUGGAGGAGGUUCUGACGUGGCUGCUGUCGGCCGAAGAUGGACUCCAUUCCCAGCCCCCCAUCUCAAACAAUGUGGAGGAGGUCAAGGAGCAGUUCCACACACAUGAGGGCUACAUGGUGGAGCUCACUGCACAUCAGGGCAACGUCGGGCGUGUCCUCCGGGCCGGCGCCGCCUUGCUGGCUGAGGGCAACCUGAGCGAGGAGGAGGACGCUGAAGUGAGGGAACAGAUGAACCUGCUGAACUCUCGAUGGGAGCACCUGCGGGUGGCCAGCAUGGAAAGACAAAGCAGACUCCACCAGGUCCUCAUGGACCUGCAGCACAAGCAGCUGCAGCAGCUCACAGACUGGCUGGACGCAACAGAGGCGCGGGUGAAGAAGAUGGAGGCUCAACCGCUCGGCCCUGACUUGGAGGAUAUCAAGAACCAAGUGGAGGAGCACAAGCUUUUGCAGGAAGACCUGGAGCAGGAGCAGGUACGGGUCAACUCGCUGACCCACAUGGUGGUGGUGGUGGAUGAGACCAGCGGGGACAGUGCCACUGCUGCCUUGGAGAGUAAACUUCAGGUUCUUGGUGACCGCUGGGCAGCCAUCUGUAGAUGGACAGAAGAACGCUGGAUUCUGCUACAAGAGAUUUUAUUGAAAUGGCAACACUUCACAAAUGAACAAUCUUCAUUUGACUUGUGGCUAACUCAGAAGGAGGAAUUGGUUCGCUCGAUCAAGACCCCCGCUUCAAAGGACCAUGCCGGCACAAUGGCCUGCCUGCGCCAUCUCGCUAUUGUAAAGACUGAGCUGGACAUGAAGCGCCCCGCCCUGGAUAAGAUGUGCUCCAUGAGUCAGGACCUGCUGUGCAGUGUCAAGAACAAGGAGGUGGCCAGCAAACUGGAGGCCAGGCUGGAUACCUUUACUCAACGUUGGGAUCGACUGCUUCAAAGUCUGGAUCUCAUCAGCACCCAGCUCUCAUCAGUCGUCACCACAGCAGCCCCCGAGCCCGAACCGACCCACUCAGUCGCGACGAGUGUGACCAAGGUGACAACGAGGGAGAGCGUAUCUGCACUACGCCAAGCCCGAGAGUCACCGCCGCAAAAGAAGAGGCAGGUGGUUGUUGAUUCUGAACUCAGGAAAAGAUUUGAUGUGGACUUCACAGAGGUCCACAGCUACAUGACUCGGGGCGAGGCAAUCCUGCAGAGUCCUGAGUUCUCUGUGUCCCGCAAAGAUGGCAGCAUUCAGGACCUUUAUGACAAAGUGCAGCUGAUAGAACGGGAACGACCAGAGAAGUACCGGAAGCUUCAAGAAGCGACACGCACAGCACAGACCCUUGUUGAGCAGGAGGGGACUCGGGCUGAGGACAUCGCCCAGGCAGCCGAGCAGCUGAACCAGCGCUGGGUCGGCUUUUGUGCUCUGUUGGCAGACCGGCUGGUGUGGCUGGCCUACCAGACAAAGGUGCUCGCAUUCUACAGCUUGUAUGAGCAGUGUGUGCAAGCCGUAGAAGUCAGUGAGAACUGGCUCAAGGUUCAGCUGCCACCAUCGCCAGAACCCGAGACCCUCAGGGUGCAACUGGACCGAUGCAGAGAGGAGGUGGCCCGUCUGGCCUCUCUACAACCACAAGUGGAGCUCUUAGACAAACGUUUGAAGGAGCUGAAGGGGGGAAAAGAAGGGGAGGAGGACGCGUCGGCUUUCCUGGAUGCCGACAUCACCGUGUUCAAAGAACACUACCACAAAGUUCUGGAGGAUCUGAGGGCGAGAGAGAGGCAGCUGCAACUAAUUUUGGAGAGCUUGCCCCCAGCUCGUUAUAAGGAGACAAUUUCCUCGCUGUUAGCGUGGUUACAGGAAUGCGAGGCCAAACUGGCGAUCCCAUCCACCGCUGUUACCGAGUAUCCCAUUAUGGAGCAGAGACUGAAGGACAUGGAGGCGCUCCAGGUAGCGCUGACUAGUCACCAGGGGCAAGUAGACUACCUGACAUCUGCUGUGGAGCAAGUCUUCCAGAAAGCUCCACCUGAAAUCUGUCAGAAGUAUCGCACUGAAAUGGACAACAUCAUGUCACGCUGGAGGCGACUCAGCACCACGAUGACAGAUAACAUCAAGACAAUCAAAGAGCUUAUGGCCAAACUCAUGCAGUUUGAGAACGAUGUGAAGACGUUAAAGAAGUGGAUGGCAGAUGUGGAUGUCUUCCUGAAUGAGGAAUGGCCAGCGCUCGGAGACUCUGAAGCACUGGAGAAACAGCUUGAACAAUGCACAGCCUUGGUGAACGACAUCCACACCAUCCAGCCAAGUGUCAACGGAAUCAACGAGGUGGGCCUGCAGCUAAAGAAGGAGGCGGAGCCCCCUUUUGCCAUUCACAUUCAGAAAGAACUGGACGACCUGAACGCCCAGUGGGAGAACGUUUGUAAACAGGCUUAUGCUAAGAAGUCAGCUCUGAAAGGUGGCCUGGAUAAGACCAUGGCUCUGAGGAAGGAGAUGCAGGAGAUGCAGGAAUGGAUUAACCAGGCAGAGGAAGACUACCUGGAGAGAGACUUCACUUACAAAACACCUGAAGAACUACGCAAAGCUGUAGAAGAGCUCAAGAGAGCCCAGGAAGAGGUCCACUCCAAGGAGCUCAAGGUCAAACUCUUGACUGACAGUGUGAAUAGUUUCAUCGCCAAGGCGCCGCCCACUGCUCAUGAUGCCCUGCGCUCUGAGCUUGAUGUGCUGAAGGUCAACUACCAGCGCCUGUGCAGCCGCCUGGACGGAAAAUGCAAAACUCUGGAGGAGGUUUGGGCGUGUUGGUGCGAGUUGCUGUCCUACCUGGAGCAGGAGAACGCCUUCCUGGAUCAGCUGGAGCAAAAACUUGAUGAAACUGAGAACCUCCAAGGAGGAGCAGAGCUGCAGGAGGCACUAGAUGGACUGGAGGUGCUCCUGCAACACCCUGAGCACAACAGAAACCAGAUUCGGGAGCUGGCCCAGACUCUGAUGGACGGUGGUGUUUUGGAUGAGCUGAUUCAGCAAAAAUUAGACGCCUUCAAUGCACGAUGGGAUGAGCUCAUGGCGAGGGCAUCCCUCAGGCAGAAGGAGCUGGCCAAGAACCUCCAGUGGGCCCAAGAGAAUGACAAGACGCUCAAGUCCAUCCAGGAGUCGCUGGCCAACACUGACCGCCACUUGAGGGCAUACUUGGCUGACAACAUUGAUGCUAACCAGAUACCACAGGAGGCUCAGAAGAUCCAGUCAGAUUUGAGUGGCCAUGAUGCAUCCUUGGAGGAGAUGAGGAGGAAGAAUCAGGGAAAGGAACCGUCCCAGAGGAUGACUGGACAGAUAGACCUUACACAGAAAAUGCUGACAGACGUCUGGACGAGGUUCCGCCUCUUCCAGAAGCCGGCCAACUUUGAAGCUCGCCUGGCCGAGUGCGAACGAGUGCUAGCCGGUGUCAAAGGUCAGAUGGGGAUGCUGGAUAUUCGCAGCGUAGAGCAGGACGUGGUGCAGUCUCAACUGGAGCAGUGCAUGAAGUUGUACAAGGUGCUGAGCGAGGUGAAAGGCGAGGUGGAGACGGUGAUCAAAACAGGCAGGCAGAUCGUGCAGAGGCAACAGACUGAGCAUCCCAAAGAGCUGGACGAGCGUGUGACAGCACUCAAACUCCUCUACAACCAGCUUGGAGCACAGAUAACAGAGAGUAAACUGGAGCUAGAGAAGAGUCUGAAGCUGUCCAGGAAGCUUCGCAAGGAGCUCAAUGGGCUGACAGAGUGGCUCGCCGCCACUGAUGCCGAGCUGACCAGGCGCUCUGCUGUCGACGGUAUGCCCAGUGACCUUGAGGCUGAAGUGGCGUGGGCACAGUCCAUCCAUGGUGAGACAGAAAAGCGUCAGCCACAGCUGCAGGCCGUGGUGGAGCUGGCCGAAGCCCUAAAAGCCGUUCUUCGGGUCCACGGGAGCCUAGUAGACGACAAAGUCAGCCUGCUGCACUGCAACUGGAUCGCUGUCACAUCCCGAGCGGAGGAAUGGCUAAACUUACUGCUGGCCUACCAGCAGCAGAUGAGGAAGUUAGAUGGACAGAUCGAGGAAGUGAACGGAUGGAUAGACGGAGCGAAUCAAAAGAUGGAUGAGAUCGACAACCAGGGACCUAAUGAUGCUACGCUAAGGGUACUGCGAGGAGAGCUGGAGCUGACGAGGAAAAAGAUGGAGGAAGUGAAAAGUUUGGCACAAGAGCUGAUGACAACCAGAGGGGAGAAUUGCCAGGCCCAAGUGGGGCCUAAAGUGGAGCUUUUGACCCAGAGGUUUGACACGGUUGCGCAACGCAUCGCCUUUGGACAGACGGCAGCAUCAGCCAAAGAACUGGAGCAGUACCACCGUGAAGCUCAAAUCUGGUUGGAUCUCCUGGAGGAAGAAGCAAAGCAAGGGGAAAACCUCAAGGAAGAGGACUUCCAGGAAGGCAAGGACUGUGAGGAAGGUGCGGUGAAGGAGUUAUUGUUGAGAGGAGAGAAUCUGCUGAAGAGAGCCCCGGAUCAGGACAAGAGAGAACAGAUAAGACUGAAACAAAAGCAGCUCGGCAACAAGUACAACACUGUCAAGGACCUUCGCGUGCUCAGGAACAGGAAGGCGCUCGCCAUCGCCCCCCAGUGGUACCAGUACCGAAGGAAGUCGCAUGACCUGCUGGCCUGGCUCGACGACAUCCAGCGAAGUGUCGACCAGCUGCCCGACCCUCCUGAGUGCGAGAGGGUCAAGGAAAUUGUCUCACAGAUGUCCCAGAAGAAGGAGGCGCUUAAGGAGUUGCAGGGCUUAGCCAAUCAGCUCUCAGAGGCUGGAGCCGCCAGUCUCGUGGAGCCUCGGCAGCUCCAGCUCAACACACGCUGGGCUGAGGUGGAGAGCAAGCUCAAACCCUUUCAAAGACAAUGUGAUUACCUGGCAGAGCUGCAGGCGCUGUUACGUUACGUGGCCGAGGCGGACUUCAAACUGAACUCCCCAGAAUACUGGCCUGCAGCUUAUUACAAUUUACCUCAGCAGGAGCACUGCCUAAAGGAAGUGAAGGCAAUCGUUGACAAACUGCGUGGUCCAGUGGAGGUGGCGCUGUCUCGCAGACAGGAAGCGGCAUCUGCUGCUCGACCUAUGCAGGGCCAGCGGAUCCACGAAAGUGCCACCCUUCUUGGAACCAACUGGGACAAACUGAAUAAGCUGCACAAAGACCGGCUCAUGCGCUGGCAGGACUGCAACAGCAAGUGGCAGAAGUUUGUAGCAGACCAGAGGGAGCUUGAGGAAUGGCUCCAUGAGGCUGAGGGUGCACUCAAGAUGGCCGAGAGUGAGCCAGCAGCACAAAGACAGCACCUCAGGGAUCUGACAGAAGCCAUACCACUGCAGGAAGUGGUCUUGAACCAAGUGACCUCUGCGGGCGAGGACAUCAGCCGGAUGAGUACGCCAGAUGAUGUCUCCCGCCUCCGAGCACAACUCAAGUUCCUAAAUGCUCGUUGGGCACAUGUCUGCGAGCAGCUCAACGAGCGCAAGAGAAGAUCAGCGGAAGCGCACACGACAGCGACACAUCUACAGGAGACCCUGGGCUCGAUGCUGGGUUGGCUCGACAAGGCAGAGGGGGUUCUGGGCAUUCCUCUGCGGCCUGCUGAGCCUCAACACAUCAGAGACACGCUGGGCAAAGUGCAGAUGUGCGUGGAGGAACUUCCCAGCAAGAAAGCAGCAGUGGUAGAUCUGAACAUGCGACAAAUUCCUUCUGACAAGCAAAAAGACGUCAGGAUCAUCAACACUCGCUGGGAACAGGUGUCCAAGGCACUGCCUGAACGACAAAUGGAAAUUGAGAGUCUGCUCAAGGAAUUGGAAAGGCUUCAUGUUCAGUUGGACUAUCAGUCCGUCUGGGUGUCCAGAACCAGAACUCAGCUGGAACACAGUCGAGAUGAGCCCCCACCCGGUCUCAUCGAGGAAGUCCAAGUCAAGCAGCCCGAAGUUGAGUCUGUUCUUCAGCGAAUAAAUCAGUUGUACAAAGACAUUACUCCGCAUCAAUCAGAUAAGGCCAAGUUCAUGAAGAUGAGAGACGACUGGACUAUCAUCCUGGAGUUGCUGAGGCAGCAUCAGGAAAGGAAAAACCUCCUUGUGGCCAAGAAAUCCAGUGACAUGCUCACAGGGAGUUCCCAGGCUGAUUUUGCUGCCCUGGCACAGUUUAAUAAGUCGUGGGCGGAGCUCACCGACUGGCUGACCAUGCUGGACAACAUGGUGCAGAACAAGCGUGUAGUGGUGGCUGACCUGGAUGACAUCAAUGAAAAUAUUGGCCAGCUCAAGGCCUCCCUGCAGGAGCUAGAUCAGCGUCGCCCUCUGCUGGAGCGACAAGUCACUGCAGCCCAGAACCUAAAGAACAAAAGCAGCAACCAGGAUACACGGAAUGCUAUCACUGAGCGCAUUGACCGGCUUCAGACACACUGGGAGGACUCUCUGGCCAAACUCUCAGCCAGGAACAAGCAGCUUCACAACAUGCUGCAGGACUCCACUGAGUGGUUAAAUUCCAAAGAGAGGGCGGAGGCUCUCAUCAAGCGGGCCAGCGAGAGGCUGGAGUCCUGGCAGGAGGUCACCUACACAGUGGAUGCUCUUGCAAGACAGAAUGCUGAAAUUAAGGGCUUCGCAAACGACCUGCGACAGUGGCAGGGUCAAGUAGAUGAAACCAAUGCGUUAGCCGACAAAUUGUUGACACAAUACUCCAACGACGACACGCACAAAGUGACCCAAAUUAAUGACAACAUGAUGGCCAUCUGGACACACAUCAACAUGCGCGUUUCUGAGAGGGAGGCAGCUCUGGAAACGGCUCUGAAGCUUUUGCAACAUUUCCACCUGGAUCUAGAUAAAUUCCUAAACUGGCUGACAGAGGCUGAGACAACAUGCAAUGUUCUAAUAGAUGCCACCAAUGAAGAGAAACUGGCAGAGCAUCCUGAGGCAGCCCGUAAUCUUCUGGCACAAUGGAAGGACCUAGAGGCUGAGAUUGAUGGCCACACGGAGCUAUACCAUUCCCUUGACGAGAAGGGCCAGAGGGUUCUGAGCUCACUGGAGGACUCCGAGGAUGCCGUACUCCUCCACAGACGUUUGAACAACAUGAACCAACGCUGGACUGAUCUGCGCAGCAAGACUCUCAGCAUGAGGGCUCACCUGGACUCAGAAAUGGCACCUUGGAAGAGGCUGCAUAUGUCACUGCAGGAGCUGCUGAACUGGUUGAGGCUGAAAGCUCAGCAGCUGGAGCGGGAGAUGCCUGUAGGUGGUGACGUCCCUGCUGUCCAGAACCAGUUGGACACUCACCGGGGCUUCAGGCGGGAUGUACGAACCAAAGAGCCUGUUGUGACCAAGGCGCUUGAUGAUGUUGGAGUCUUCCUUUCCCAAUUGCCCCAAGAGCAGCCGUCACCCGAGCAGCGAGAAUUUGGUUCCCUGGAGCGUGCCCAAAACGUCGGGCGAAUCCUGCGCAAGGAAGCAAAUGACGUAAUGACCAAAUGGGAGCAACUUAAUAGCAACUCUGCUGAUUGGCAGAGGAGGCUUGAGCUUGCUCUGCAGCGGUUGAUGGAGCUCUUGGAUGUGGAGGACCUCGUGGAUGGGCAGCUGAGGCAGGCAGAGAUGGUGAAGGACGCCUGGGAGCCUGUUGGUGACAUUCUCAUCGACUCGCUGCCCAAGCACAUCCAAAGAGUCAAGGAAUUUCAGGAAGAGAUUGCACCCAUUCAGGAAGACGUAACGCACAUGAACCAGUUGGCCUCCACUUUCACUUUGCCUGAAAUUCAGCUGUCUGCCAGCAACUUGAAACGCAUUGAAGAACUCAACACACGCUGGAAAUUGUUGCAGGUCUCGGCCAGUGACUAUCUAAAGCAGUUGAUGGAUGCACAGCAAGACUUUGGCCUCCUUCAUGGAUCUGUUGACAGCCCCUUCGAGCAGAGUGUCUCUCCGAACAACGUGCCCUACUAUAUCAAAGAAAAGGCUGGACCUGACCUGAUGACCACGACGCUCCACCAGACCCAGACAACAUGCUGGGACCAUCCUAAGAUGGCAGAGCUCUAUCAAUCACUGUCUGACCUGAACAAUGUUCGAUUCUCAGCCUACCGAACAGCCAUGAAACUCAGACGCCUACAGAAGGCUUUGUGCUUGGAUCUACUGAACAUGCCAAUAGCCUGCGAAGUGUUCGACCAGCACGGCCUGAAGCAGAAUGAGCAGCUGCUCGACAUCUCCCAGGUGGCAGCCUGUCUGACCAGCCUGUAUCAGCGGCUGGAGCAGAGUCAUGCACACCUGGUCAGUGUCCCUCUGUGCGUCGACAUGUGCCUCAACUGGCUACUCAACGUCUAUGACACUGGUCGCAGUGGAAAGAUUCGCACCUUAUCCUUCAAAACUGGAAUCAUCUCACUCUGCAAGGCCCACCUGGAGGAUAAAUAUAGAUUCUUGUUCAGGCAGGUUGCAAGCGCCACCGGUUUCUGUGACCAGCGUCGCCUCGGUCUCCUCCUCCACGACUCUAUUCAGAUCCCUCGGCAACUUGGCGAGGUGGCAUCAUUCGGCGGCUCCAACAUCGAGCCCUCUGUGCGAAGCUGCUUCCAGUUUGCCAACAACAAGCCCGAACUAGAGGCUGCCAUGUUCUUGGACUGGAUGCGUUUGGAACCCCAGUCCAUGGUGUGGCUGCCUGUGCUUCACCGCGUGGCUGCUGCAGAGACAGCCAAACACCAGGCCAAAUGCAACAUCUGCAAGGAGUGUCCCAUUAUCGGAUUCAGAUACCGCAGUCUGAAACAUUUCAACUAUGACAUUUGCCAAAGCUGCUUCUUCUCUGGUCGCGUCGCCAAGGGACACAAGAUGCAGUACCCGAUGGUGGAGUACUGCACACCGACUACAUCUGGUGAGGAUGUCAGGGAUUUUGCCAAGGUGCUGAAGAACAAAUUCAGGACGAAGCGCUACUUUACCAAACACCCACGCAUGGGCUACCUACCAGUCCAGACCAUUCUGGAAGGCGACAACAUGGAAACCCCCAUCACACUGAUCAACUUCUGGCCCGUGGACCACGCACCCGGCACAUCCCCUCAGCUCUCGCAUGACGACACACACACUAGGAUCGAGCACUACGCCAACCGGUUAGCAGAAAUGGAGAACCGUAAUGGCUCUUAUCUGAAUGACAGUAUCUCACCCAAUGAGAGCAUUGAUGACGAGCACAUGUUGAUCCAACACUACUGCCAGUCUCUGAACCAAGGCUCUCCCCUCAGCCAGCCCCGCAGCCCGGCCCAGAUUCUCAUCUCCAUGGAAACAGAGGAGAAGGGAGAGUUGGAGCGGGUCCUCGGUGACCUGGAGCAGGAAAACAGGAAGCUGCAAGCUGAAUAUGACCGUCUGAAGAAGGCGCACGACAGGAAGGGUCUGUCCCCGCUUCCGUCGCCACCGGAAAUGCUGCCGGUGUCGCCGCAGCGAGCGCGGGACGCUGAGCUCAUUGCCGAAGCCAAGCUUCUGCGGCAGCACAAGGGACGCCUGGAAGCCCGGAUGCAGAUCCUGGAGGACCACAACAAACAGCUGGAGUCUCAACUGCAUCGACUCAGGCAGCUCCUGGAGCAGACGGACUCCAAGGUGAACGGCACCGCUUUGUCCUCCCCUUCCACUUCAUCUCAGCGCUCUGACUCCUCCCUGCCUCAGCUGCGCGUGGCUGCCAGCCAAACCACUGACACAAUGGGUGACGAUGACGAGUUUUCCACCCCUUCCCACGACGCAUCUGGACUGGAGGAAGUGAUGGAACAGCUCAACAACUCUUUCCCUCAUAGCCAAGGAGGGAGAAGGGGACACCAAUGAGAGGUCCUAGCAUUGGAUGUUUGUUCCACAUGGCCGACGAUCUGGGCCGCGCUAUGGAGUCCCUGGUCAACGUCAUGACGGAUGAACAAAGCGCCAUCAAGGACCCGCCCUUCUGACACUGCACCCCCAAGCCCCACGCAUCCACCUCCUCCCAUUUCUUAGUCAGUGGACCUGAAUUGGAGAAAGACUUUACAAACAAAAUAUAAAACGUCUAUUUUUGUGAAGGAUUGCGGUUCCAGCAAUGACUUAAGAUAAAAUUUAAACAAAAAAAGCAAAAAGUAACUUGUAGAUUUAGUAGUUUCUUAAAUGUCCCGAAGUCGUUUUAUUGGGGGAAAAAAAGGCUGGUUUUUAAACUUCUAUGCAAUUGUAUAAAAAAAUAAAUAAAAAAAGUUUCUCGGGAGAGGCAGGCAACAAAGAAAGAUAUGUGUGUUUAGUGUGGUUCUAUGUUUGCAUCGCUUUGUAACGGGAAAAUAAGCAUUUCAGAUGUUUGUAUUACAAAAAAAGAGAAUGAUUGUAAUAAUAAGGGUGUUUACUAAGAGGAAAAUGUCUUUAUAUAACAACGUACAAUACUGUUAAGGUAAUGCAGGCAUCCUGUAACUUUACAGUACGUUGUGUGUGUGUGUUUCUGUGUAUUGGUGGUCCCAAUGCAGUACAGUACUCACAUUUCUGUUUCCUUUGUCUCCAUCAUCCAUCUUGAAUAGGCUUCUCACUAUUUAAUAUCUGUAUCAAAUAACUAAUUUAGUCAUCCUUGGAUGAUGUGGGGGUUUAUGAGGGGAGUGAAAAGUGCAUGUUGGAAAAUAAUCAGACAUUGGGUUGGAUUUCAUGAUUUUCAGAACACAGUUUAUCUAUGUUAGUCACGGCUUUGAUACGUUGAGUAAGACUCAUGGCCGCCCAAACUUGAGUUGCAGUGUAGCCUUGCCGAAAGUGUUUAGAGAAUUUGAAAUCCUUUUGAUUUUUCGUGAAGGGUUCAUUUGCUUGAGAUUGUAAAAAACAUGCCGCUUCUUGCACUGGCACACAUUUGCAUUUAGUCACUGCCUGUCGGUUACAAACUGCACACUGGUUUUAGUUUUAUAGUUCAAGAUCUUCCUGUAUGUUUGUUUGUUUAUGAUUCGUUAAGGCUGCUCACUUUAGAAUGACUCAAAUUGAUCAAACGUUAUUUAAGUUCCCACUGAGUGCAAACUCUACUUGACCUCACUUAUGGAAACAAAUACAGAGGUUCUUGCUCUACUGUAGCCAAGUCCUUGAAUGGAGCUUGAAAUGAGAAUGUUUUGAAUGUAUUCACUGCAUUUGUCUUCUCUGUCGAGACAAUUCAACAGCGACUACUGCUACUGUCAUAGCUGGGACAUACAGUACCUGCAUAUUAUCUGUGUAUUCAUUUUAAUUGUGCUUAUGUCUUUGUUUUCAAAGUGUGAUUUGUUUUGAUGUUGUGGGGUUAUUACUAAGCAUGCAUGAGUGGCUAAAUGAAAUCCAUCUGUAAUCGAUGAAAGGAUGAUGAUAGACACACGCACACACAUACUCUGCUGCAUGACCCAUCAUUAUUUUAUUUUGAGCAAGACACUGAAUUAGUUUCUCGUUUUUAACUUUUGUGUCAUUCUUGCAACACAAUAUUUCGCAGCAUAUCAGAUUCCACCAACUAUAUGCCUUACUACUACUGUAUUAUAAAAAAAAAAAAAUGCUUUACUGUACAUCAAUAAAGCACGCAGUUACAUUGA